ACCCAAACACCAAAACGCCAGCAGACUGCUAAAAAUCUCUACUGUAACCCUUCUUCAUGCGCUUCAAUUCCUUCUCCUCAUUAAAAAAUUCAAAUGGCAUUGACAAUCCCUUCAAAUCCAAACCUUUCAAUUUCAUUUCCUUCAACCCCCCUUCAAAACCCACCAAAUAUCUUCAAUCUCUACCGAUUUUCGAGGCAGAAACGAUCAUUAUCCAGGCAAAAACUGGUUUUCCGGGCUUCUGCUUCUGAGAACUCAAAUGGGUUUCCUGGUUUCUCGUGGCAGAAUGUCGCCCGCUCGCUUCAGCGUGGGUCGGAGCGGUUUUUGUUGAAUUUCGGCGAGUCUUUGAAGAAGGAAACUGGGUUGGAUUUGGAAUUUGUGAAUGUUAGGAUUUCUCGGUUGGUCAAUGGGAUUCGGGAUGCGUCGAAGAAGGGAGAAGAUGUGUUCAAUCGGUUUAGGUUGGAAUUGGGUCCGGAGUUUGUGGAGUGGAACCGAUGGGAGCGGUGGAAGGACAUCAAGAAAUGGGAACCUAAACGAAUUGGUGCGCUGAUUUUGUAUAGUUUUGUUGUGAUAAUUUCAUGUCAAAGAAUUUAUAUGGCCUAUACAACUGCCCGUCUUAAUCAAAGCAAGAAAGAGUUAACUGAGGCAUAUAUGGAGGCAUUGAUUCCGGAACCCUCUCCAUCCAACAUUAGGAAGUUGAAGAAGAGUAUAUGGAGGAAGACAAUGCCCAAGGGACUGAAAAUUAAAAAGUUUAUUGAAGGCCCUGAUGGUGCACUUAUUCAUGACAACUCCUAUGUUGGGGAAGAUGCGUGGGUUGAGGAUCAAGACCCUUCUCAGGAAAAUGUUACAAAAAUCAUUGAUAGUGAUACAACAUUAAACCAGGAACAAAAGGAAGAGUUGAAAGAAGAGUUAGGCAUUACAGGGGAAAGUCAAGAAGGCAGAGAAACGUGGCGAGAAAGGCUCCAAACAUGGAAAGAAGUUCUGAGAAGGGAUAAGAUGGCUGAGGAAAUGGAUUCUUUAAAGGCAGAGUAUGUAGUUGAUUUUGACAUGCAUGAAGUCGAGAAGAGUCUUCGAAAAGAAGUGGUAGAGAGAGUAUCGGAUACACAAGGCAGUAGGGCACCAUGGAUUUCUAAGAGAUGGUGGCGUUAUCGUCCAAAACUGCCUUACACUUAUUUCCUUCACAAGCUUGAUUGCUCCGAGGUUGCAGCUGUUGUCUUUUCUGAGGACCUGAAGAAAUUAUACGUAACGAUGAAAGAAGGUUUUCCUUUAGAAUAUGUUGUUGACAUACCUCUGGAUCCGCACCUAUUUGAGAUCAUCAAUACUUCUGGGGUUGAAGUGGAUCUGCUUCAGAAACGGCAGAUUCAUUACUUUCUCCGAGUGGUUGUUGCAUUAGCUCCGGGAAUACUGAUUUUGUGGCUUAUAAGAGAGGCUACCAUGCUUUUGCACAUCACAUCUAACCGCUAUUUAUAUAAAAGAUAUAACCAACUAUUUGAUAUGGCUUAUGCCGAAAACUUUAUCUUGCCAGUGGGUGGUUCUGCUGAUACGAAAUCAAUGUAUAAAGAAGUCAUAUUAGGAGGUGAUGUUUGGGAUCUUCUUGAUGAGUUAAUGAUUUAUAUGGGGAACCCCUUGCAGUACUAUGAGAAACAAGUCCAGUUUGUUCGGGGUGUUCUUCUUUCUGGGCCGCCCGGAACAGGCAAAACACUUUUUGCACGAACGCUUGCAAAGGAAAGUGGAAUGCCUUUUGUCUUUGCUUCUGGUGCGGAGUUCACAGAUAGUGAAAAAAGUGGAGCUGCAAGGAUUAAUGAAAUAUUUUCUAUUGCUAGAAGAAAUGCUCCUUCAUUUGUAUUUGUGGAUGAAAUUGAUGCUAUUGCUGGAAGACAUGCUAGAAAGGAUCCUCGAAGGCGAGCAACGUUUGAUGCUCUGAUUUCACAGCUUGAUGGAGAGAAGGAGAAAAUCGGUGUUGAUCGGUUCUCUCUAAGACAAGCUGUAAUUUUCAUUUGUGCAACUAACCGGCCAGAUGAACUGGAUCCAGAAUUUGUCCGACCUGGACGCAUUGAUCGUCGGCUUUACAUUGGUCUACCUGAUGCAAAGCAGAGGGUGCAAAUUUUUGGGGUGCACAGUUCAGGAAAGCAACUCGCAGAGGAUGUGGACUUUGAAAAGCUUGUUUUUCGGACCGUUGGUUAUUCUGGAGCAGAUAUCCGGAAUCUAGUCAAUGAAGCAGGAAUUAUGUCUGUAAGAAAAGGGCACUCUAUGAUCACACAGCAAGACAUUGUUGAUGUGCUAGAUAAGCAGUUGCUUGAAGGCAUGGGAGUAUUGCUUACCGAGGAAGAGCAACAAAAGAUUGAAGCGAGCAUAUCUUUGGAGAAGAAGAGAUUGCUAGCUGUGCAUGAGGCCGGUCAUGUAUUAUUAGCUCAUUUAUUUCCUAAAUUUGAUUGGCAUGCAUUCUCUCAGCUGCUUCCUGGUGGUAAGGAAACAGCAAUAUCUGUUUUUUAUCCAAGAGAAAAUAUGGUAGAUCAAGGAUAUACUACCUUUGGUUACAUGAAAAUGCAAAUGGUGGUAGCACAUGGUGGGCGCUGUGCUGAACGCGUCGUGUUCGGAGACAACAUUACUGAUGGAGGAAGGGAUGAUCUAGAAAAGAUAUCAAAAAUUGCUAGAGAGAUGGUAAUUAGCCCUACAAAUUCAAGAUUAGGCCUCACCAGUUUGGUAAAAAGACUUGGAAUGAUGGAUCGGCCAGACAAUCCCGAUGGAGAGUUGAUAAAAUACAGGUGGGAUGACCCUUAUGUGAUUCCUGCUGAUAUGACUGUUGAAGUGUCUGAGCUAUUCACUCGAGAAUUAACGAGGUAUAUUGAAGAGACAGAAGAACUUGCAAUGAAUGGUUUGAAGCAAAACAGACAUAUCCUUGAUAUGAUCAUAGAAGAACUUCUGGAGAAGUCAAGAAUAACUGGACUGGAAGUGGAGGAACGAAUGAAGCCGUUGUCUCCAGUGAUGCUCGAGGAUCUUGUAGAACCAUUCCAGAUAAAUUUGGAAGAGGAGGGGCCAUUGCCAGUUAACAACCAAUUACGUUAUCAACCGUUGGAUGUAUAUCCCGCCCCUCUACACCGCUGUUGAAAAUUUGAUCAUUCUCACUGCUGGAUUUUCUGCCCCUGAUGUAUGUAGUAGGAUAUGGAGGUGAAGAAUGUCUCUAUUUGAGCAGCAGCCAUACAGCCUACUUCCAUGAAACCGUCACCUGAAGCUAUGAAAUCUCAUUCGAGUACACCCGCAUUGGAUGUUCUAAUGGUGGAUUUCAUGGGUAAGCAUUUUCAUCGUCUCAAAGGCACCUAUUGUAAUUCAUGUGAUGAGCCUGAAUUUUGUAGUGGUCAGGCCGAGGGACAAAUUUCAAUGCAUGGGUAUGGUCCCUCUUUCUACUAAUGUGAGGAUGAUGUCACAAAAACACUCAACACAGCCAAAGAUGAGGAUCAGGUAUUAAAAAUCUAGUGAGAGAUUUGCAACAGAAGUUAGCAGAAGAAAUGGUAAUAAUCAGUUUCAUGGGAUGAUUGCAAGAUAGUUGUUGAUCUAUUACAUGUUUGAGUCUCUCUCACUCUCACCCAUACCAGUAUUGCUCUUGCCAAAGCAUGCUUGACUGUAGGGUUCUGGUGGGAUCAUGUUCAUUAAUUCUCAAUUGUAGUGACCUGUUUCAAAUAUAAAUUGUAGCUCAAGCUGCUUGUAUUAAGUUGCUCGGGGUUGUUCUUGGGUGCUGAAAAUGGUUGUAUGAUAACCGUGUUGUGGCAUAGCCUUACAGAGGACGAAGAUUUGCUAGUAACCAUUCCAUUACCAACU